AUGCGAUUCGGCCGCAGCACCAUGUCGCUCGAUGCCACCCUCUUCAACGUCUCCCGGCCGAUCCAAUCGCUGACGGCCCUCUUCGUCGGCUGGAAGGCCGUCCUGCUCGCCUUCGCUCUCGGUGCCGUCAUCGGGCCCGACUACGACACAUCAACUUCGCUCUUCUUCGACCGGCUCUACGGAAACAAGACGCGCGUCUCGCCGCUCGCCGCCAGCCUCACGCGAUGGGACGCGUUGUAUUUCGUCCAGCACGCCCGCCAAGGCUACGUCUUUGAGCAGCAAUGGGCCUUUGGUGCCGCCAUGCCCGGCCUUGUCCGCGCCCUCGUCUCUCUCAUCCCCUCGUGGAUGGCGGACGGCAACGGCGUUGCCCUCGAGCCCCUCGUCGCCAUAGCCUUGGCCCACCUCGCCCACCUCACCGCCGUGCUCGCCCUCUACCGGCUCACCAUGAUCCUCUCGGCGGAAAGGAAGCUCGCCUUCGUUGCGUCGGCGCUGCACAUCUUUUCGCCCGCCGGCAUCUUCCUCUCGGCCCCCUACGCCGAAAGCCCGUUCGCGGGCCUCACCUUCAUCGGAAACGUGCUCUUCGCGCUGAGCAUCAAGAAUAGGAGCGAUCCGCUGGCGCGAUCCGUCCUCAUCGUCGGCGCCGGCAUCGUCUUUGGCCUCGCCACGGCCUUCCGCUCCAACGGCCUCGGAAGCGGCGUGCUGUUCGCCGUCAGCGCCGUCCACGGCCUGGCCGCCCUCGCGCGGGAGCGGACGGUGGCCAACCUCAUGGGCUUGGCCGCAGCCGGAAUCGGCGGUCUCUGCGUCGCGGCUGGGUCGGCGCUGCCGCAGUUCGUGGCGUGGAAGCGGUACUGCGACGACGCGCUGCCCGAACUCGGUCCGCGGCCAUGGUGCUCGCGAACGAUACCGAGCAUCUACACCUUUGUUCAGGAGGAGUACUGGAACGUCGGCUUCCUGCACUACUGGCGCACCAGCCAUAUACCGCUCUUCUUCGUCGCCGCGCCGAUGCUCGCGGUGCUCAUUAAGUCGGGCGUCGACACGAUGCGCGAUCCCCUCCGCUGCCUACGCCUGGUCCCCUUCGGCGGCGGCACCGGCGAGGACUACCGCGUGUUUGUGCGCACGCUGGCGGCCACCCAGACGGCCGUGGCGCUGCUUGCCAUCACCAACUACCACGUCCAGAUCAUCAACCGCAUGUCCUCCGGGUACCCCGUGUGGUACUGGUGGGUGGCGAGGUGCCUGGUGGACGAGAAGCGGCAGGCAUGGGGACGACGCAUCUUCGUCUUCAUCGUCAUGUACGCCGGCAUCCAGGGCGGCCUGUUUGCCUCCUUUCUACCGCCCGCAUAG